UGUUGUUUAAAAAUUUGGUUAGUGUUGGUUAUUUGAGAACGGUUUACAAUGUCAAUAGAAAAAGAGCCUUUAAUCAAUAGCAAGUUAUUGGAGAUAACAGGUGCUAAAUUAGAGACAUCAGAGAUUGAAAGUCGUGGGAAUGAAAAAAUUCAAUAUUGUGGUAUGACAAGGAGUUACAGUCGUUGGUCACCAGAUGAAGAAGGUGUUACGGUUGCAUGGCGUGAUCUUAGUGUUUAUGCAUAUAACAAGAAUGCAAAUAACAAACGGGAUGCAUACAAACGUAUCGUUAAUAAUGUUACAGGUGCUGUUAAAUAUGGAACUCUCGUUGCCUUAAUGGGCCCAAGUGGUGCUGGUAAAAGUACAUUUAUGAAUGCUUUGGCACACAGAACAUCAGCUGGAAUGAUUGUCGAUGGCGAUAUUCUUAUUAAUGGCAGACCAAUUGGAGAUUACAUGAAGAAUUUGAGUGGAUUUGUAUAUCAACAUGAUAUUUUUACUGGUAGUUUAACAGUUUCGGAACAUUUAUGUUUAAUGGCUCAUUUAAAAUUCAGUAGAAAUGCUACUGCUGAUGAGCGUAACCAACGGAUAAGUUACCUAUUAAAACACUUAGGUCUCACACACCGUAUGCAUACUAGAAUUGGUGUCAACGGCGACGAGAAAGUCUUGUCGGGUGGAGAAAAAAAGCGCUUAGCACUUGCAACAGAGUUAUUAACAAAUCCAUCAUUGCUUUUUUGUGACGAACCUACAACCGGACUAGAUUCUUAUUCAGCUCAAAAAAUAAUUCAAAUGUUAAAUACUUUAGCAAGUCAAGGAAAAACAAUUAUUUGUACCAUUCAUCAACCAAGCUCACAAAUUUUCGCAAUGUUCGAUCAGUUAAUUUUACUGACAGAAGGAAGAAUUGCUUUUAUGGGACAUUCAGAACAAGCUCUUGAUUUUUUUGAAAAACAAGGCUAUGAGUGCCCUAAAAAUUAUAAUCCUUCGGAUUUUUUCAUUAAAAUCAUUGCAACAACACCAGGCUCCGAGGAGGCAAGUAAAACAAGUAUACGAAAAAUUUGUGAUCAAUACGCAGUUAGUGAAGCCGCCAAAGAAGUCGAAUUUGUCGUUCAAUAUGAGUUUCAUAUGGGAAUUUCUUCUGAUCAAUCUUCUUUCACACGAAAACUUAAAAAGAAUGGUCCAUUUUGGUGGUCGAAACUAUACUGGAUAACAUAUAGAUGUAUUUUACAAGUUCUGAGGGAUCCUUCGGUUCAGAGGCUGCGCAUGAUCCAAAAAGUGGUGAUUGCACUAAUGGUUGGUUUUUGCUAUGUUGGUUCAACAACGUUAACUCAAGCUGGAAUCCAAGCUGUUCAAGGUGCACUUUUUAUGUUGGUGGCUGAAAAUACAUUUACACCAAUGUAUACAGUCUUAGAAUUAUUUCCCAGGGAGUUGCCACUAUUCAUUCGAGAGUAUAAAUCUGGACUUUACUCUGCUAGUAUUUAUUACAUAGCAAAUGUAAUUGCUAUGUUACCAGGUCUCAUCCUAGAACCAGUUUUAUUUAUUUCUAUAUUUUUACCAUUAACUGGAUUACGUCCAAGUUUUUAUGCAAUCUUAAUGACAGCUAUAAUUACCAUACUUACCAUGAACGUAUCCGCAGCUUGCGGAACAUUCUUUUCAGCCGCUUUUGAAUCGGUUCCAAUGGCUAUGGCAUUCUUGGUACCGUUUGACUAUGUUUUGAUGAUAACAUCUGGCGUAUUCAUUCAAUUAAGCACAAUUCCACCAUAUCUUCAAUGGGCUAAAUAUUUGUCGUGGAUAAUGUAUUCAAACGAAGCUUUAUCAAUUAUACAAUGGAAUGGAAUUACAAAUAUAACUUGUGAAAUUCCAGCAUCCGCCACAGAAGAUGAAAUAAUUCCAUGUAUACAAACUGGUGAUGAAGUUUUAGAAAAAUACAGUUUUUCAGCAGACCAUUUAGUUCCAAACAUGAUUUUCUUAGUGGCAUUUUAUUGUUUUUACCAUAUUUUAGGAUUUUUAUUUUUAUUGAGACGAGCGAAAAAAAAUUAAAAUUAUUAAAUUUAAUAUUUGUUUACAUGAAAAUAUUAGUGCUGGAUUCAAUUUAAAUGGCGUAUGACGUAAAAAAAGAUCGUAUGUUAGUGAAGAAAUCUUAUUCUAUAAAUGAAUUUUGGGCUAAUUUUUUGUCCUUCCCUAUUGUAUUUCUAUCUGAUUUUAACAUUUUCCGUUCUUGAAUUGUGUCUUGUCUUACAGUCUUUAGGUUUAAUCCAACGCUAAGAAAAACACAAAAAUUUACAUGAUAGAAAUAAGACUGUUAAUAAGAGUUAGUAUCAGAUUUUUCAUUUUUAUAAUAAGAAAAUAGAAACUACUGAAAAUUUAAGUGUAGGCACUCAUACCAUACAUUUUAUUUGCAAUAGGGAAUAUUAAUGUAUUUUUUUUAUAUUUUUAAUUC